AUGGAUCAGUGCUGGUACCACGGCAAUAUCACUCGCUCCAGAGCUGAAGACCUGCUCUCCAAAGUAGGCAAGGAUGGCAGCUUCCUUGUUCGGGCCAGCGAGUCCAUCGCUUCGGCGUACGCGCUCUGCGUGCUGUUCCGGAAUUGCGUUUACACCUACCGAAUUCUGCCUGAUAAAGAAAAUAAGCUAAUUGUCCAGGCAUCAGAGGGUGUUCCUGUGAAGUAUUUUGAGAACUUGGAGGAACUGAUAGAAUUUUACAAGAAGGAGAACAUGGGUCUGGUGUGGCACCUCAAAUAUCCGGUGCCGCGGGAAGAAGAGGAGGCUGUGGAUGAGCCAGAGGAGGAUGUUGACCUGGUACCCACACCUCCCAUCCUGCCCCCACGCAACAUCCUCAUGGCAGUGCCAAGCAGCGAGACAAAGGAGGCUCCUUCUCUCCCUGAAAACUCCAGGGGGGCAGACCUUAAUAAACUUUCCCUUUCUGAGACACUACUGCAACGGCUGCAGCACCAGGACACGAGCAGUGUCUCCGAUGAGCAUCUUAAACUCAUCCAGGAUUACCUGCGAGUUCACAUCACCAGUGACUUUGAGAUGGUGCAGACUGGCUCCAGCAAUCUUCCUCAACUGAAGAAACUACUUACACUUCUUUGCAAAGGACUCUUCAGUGAAGCCUCUAGGACGCUCCCAUCUCUGGAGUCCAUCCAGAAGGUGUUUGAGCAGCAGCUGCACCCUGGUAUCCAUCAGCGCUCACAAAUGCUCGGAGAAACCAGUCCAGUCAGUAUCGUGUUGAAACUCAAUCAGCUUAUUUCUUUGCUGACUUCCAUUGAAGAAAAGGUGAAAACGCUGCUGAUCGAAGGUCCUGAUUCUACACACCGACGCUCCCUUAUCCCCCCUGUCACUUUUGAGGUGAAAGCUGACUCCUUAGGAAUCUUCUCAAAAAUACAUCUCAAGGUUGAUGUGGAAAUGGGAAAACUGAUCAUCAAGAGAGCUAAGGAUGGGCCAGAAGACAAGUGUUACACCCACAAGAAAAUCUUGCAGCUUAUCAAGUCCCAGAAGGUCCCAAACAAACUGGUGAUUGUGCUGGAAACAGAAAAAGAGAAAACACAGAGGAAGGAAUAUGUUUUUUCUGAUUCUAAGAAGAGAGAAGGGUUCUGCCAGCUUCUGCAGCAGAUGAAGAAUAAACACUCGGAGCAACCAGAGCCUGAUAUGAUCACCAUCUUCAUUGGGACCUGGAAUAUGGGUGCUGCACCUCCCCCAAAGAAGAUCACCUCCUGGUUUCUCUCCAAGGGGCAGGGGAAGACCCGUGAUGACACUGCUGACUACAUUCCUCAUGACAUCUAUGUGAUUGGCACCCAGGAGGAUCCCCAAGGGGAGAAGGAAUGGCUGGAGACCCUGAGGCAAUCCCUGCAGGAGAUCACCAGUAUCAGCUUCAAAGUGAUAGCAAUCCAUACCCUCUGGAACAUCAGGAUUGUUGUACUGGCCAAGCCAGAACAUGAGAACCGUAUCAGCCACAUUUGCACAGACAAUGUGAAGACAGGCAUCGCCAACACGCUGGGUAAUAAAGGAGCUGUGGGGGUGUCAUUCAUGUUUAAUGGAACCUCCUUUGGGUUUGUUAACAGCCAUCUGACUUCAGGAAGCGAAAAGAAACACAGACGCAACCAGAACUACACGAGCAUCCUGCGCUUCCUGACACUGGGAGAUAAGAAGCUGAGCCCUUUCAACAUCACCCAUCGCUUCACCCAUCUCUUCUGGCUGGGAGACCUGAAUUACCGCGUGGAGCAGCCCCCGGCGGAAGCAGAGAAUAUUAUCCAGAAGAUCAGGCAGCAGCAGUAUCCGGAGCUGCUGGCAUUCGACCAGCUUCUCAUUGAGAGAAGGGACCAAAAGGUGUUUCUGCAGUUUGAGGAAGAAGAGAUCACUUUUGCUCCCACCUACCGUUUUGAAAGAGGAACCCGGGAGAAGUAUGCUUACACCAAGCAAAAAGCUACAGGGAUGAAGUACAAUUUGCCAUCCUGGUGUGAUCGAGUACUCUGGAAAUCAUACCCCAUGGUGCACGUUGUGUGUCAGUCUUAUGGCUGCACCACUGAUGUCCUGACAAGUGACCACAGCCCUGUCUUUGCCACCUUUGAAGUGGGAGUCACCUCGCAGUUUGUUUCAAAGAAUGAUUCCAAAUACAUGGAUUUCCAAGGGGAGAUAGAGUUCCUGCACUGCUAUGCUACACUAAAGACAAAGUCCCAGACGAAGUUCUAUAUUGAGUUUCACUCUAGCUGCUUAGAAAGUUUUGUGAAGAGCCAGGAAGGAGAAAACGAGGAUGGGAGUGAAGGGGAGCUGGUGGUAAAGUUCAUUGAUGCACUUCCAAAGCUGACUCCAAUUAUUUCAGACCCAGAAUACCUAUUGGAUCAACACAUCCUGAUAAGCAUUAAGUCAUCAGACAGUGAUGAAUCUUAUGGGGAAGGUUGCAUUGCCCUGCGAGUAGAAGCAACAGAAUCCUUAGUUCCUAUCCAUACUGUGCUGACACACCACGGUGAGAAAACAGGGGUCUUCCAAGGUGAAAUCAAGCUACAAACAUCUCAAGGAAAACAGAGAGAGAAACUGUAUGAUUUUGUCAAGAUUGAACGUGACGAAAUCAUCGGGCAGAAGCCAAAGAACAUCAGCAACUUAGAGCCUAGCAAAGACUGGGAUCACACUAACAGAAAGUCAAAAUCUACUCAUCUGAUGGCCAAGGAGGCAGCAGCCAUUGCGCGCUGCCGGGGGAGUGCUGCUCCUUCUCCAGAGAACCCAGGAAAGGACGACGUGUUACGCAGUUCCAUCCCUAUAGACAUCAGCAACCCCAGCUACCUGGGGAUGCCUGCUUUCUCCCAGCAACCCUCUGCAACCAGCCAGCUCAAGCAUAUGCCUUCACCAGACCAGCCACCUUCUCUCUGGAGCUAUGAGCAGCAGCCCAAAGAGUCCACCUCCAUAAUGGGGCAGUCAUCCUCCACAUCACCCUCCUUGUCACCUCUAUCUCCAAAACCAUCCCUCCAACCCACAGGAAGCAGAAGCAUUUAUAACCCGCCACCUGAACUGGGGAAAACCACAGCAGAGUCUUUGCUCCAGGAGGAGGGGCAGCAAAAGCCAGAGAUGUUCGAGAACCCGCUGUACGGCUCCAUGGGCUCCAAGGGCAAGGGGGUGUCAAAGAAAGAGCAGGACUACCCCAAAGCCUCACGAAAGGAGCAGCUGCCACUACCUGACCAGACCUUUCAUCUCCCAAAGCCCCAGGAGCUGGAGAGCAGCAAGGCCUGUGGCAAACAGCCAUCUGCACCUUUUCUGGUCCCCACACAGCGAUUUCGAUCCUACACUUGCUCCAGCCAGUCUGAAGAGAAGAACACGGGGGAGAAGACGCAAGGCAAGCCCAAGGUGACAACAUCCCUGGAAAACUCUGCACCACUCAAAAAACUAGUCAAACCCUCGAGGUCUGAAGUCUGCCCAAGUGUCCAGGGACAGCAAGCCAAGCCACCCCUUCCCUCCAAGAGUCGGGCAGUGUUGGACAUGCAGAACUCCAAGGGCCGAGACUACCGGGACAGUUCAGAGCUGCCACACUCCGGGAAGCAUCGGACAGAGGAGGGACCAGUCGGCAGGACAACCACCCCGGUGUGUUACCUGGAGGCUCUCAGCGAGGCCGAGGUGCUGCUGAGCACAGAUGUGUGUCUGACCCAGGGCCGCAAGAGGAGCAAGAGGCACCUUCUCCUCCUUCAGGAGGAACUGGUGGUGGCCAAGUUGCAAGGUGGCACCACCCUGCGCCCACAGCUCCGCCUGGCCCUGGACCAGCUGUGGGUGCUCGGCUGCAGGAAGGAGGUGGCACCAGAGCAAGAGGAGGAGGGUGGCAGUGAGGAGAACAGGACCUCCCUCAUCUUCAGCUGGCCCAGCGGCUCCUGCAUUGUGGAUUUUGGCUCCCACGAUCUGAAGGAGCGGUGGCUGGGCACGCUGCAGGGGACAUCUGAAGGAGCCCAAGGAGCCCGAGUGAGCCUCCUGCCAUCGCUCCGACUCCUGGAGAAGGAGCUGAGCCAUCGCCAUGCUUGGAGGACACCUAGCACCAGGAGCCUGCAGAAGCUGGUGGGGGGCCAGCCAGAGGUGCCAGGGCAGGUGGGCUCUGGCCGCAGCAGGGCGCUCUUUGGGCAGCCCCUGGCAGCGCUGUGCGGGGAGGAGGGUGUGCUGCCCCGGGCCAUCCAGGUGAGCACUUCUGGCCUGCAGCUGGAGGAGCUCCUGCCUGGGCUGGAGUGUUCCAAGGGUCACUUGGAGCCCUUGGCCUUGCAGGACUUCCUCCGAAGCAUCCCCUCCAAGCUCCUCAUCAACAACCUCUAUGAGGACUGGAUGUCUGCAAUGCAAAUGACUGACAGGGAGAAAAAGAUGGAAGGGCUGAAAGCGGUGAUUAACAAGUUGCCUGGGGCCAACCUCCUCCUCCUCAAGCAGCUGCUGUCCCUCCUCCAGUGCAUUGGCCAAAAUGCAGCCACCAGCAAGAUGAGCUACAGCAGCCUGGCUGUCUGCAUUGGCCCAAACUUGCUGAGCCCUCCCAACGAGGACCUGCUCCAAUUGGAGGCCAUGCUGGAGGUCACUGAGAAGGUGAAGGGGCUGGUGGAGUUCCUGACUGAGAACUUCACAGACAUCUUUGAGGAGAAGACGACUGCCCUUUCCUGUACAGCAGCUGAGGAGGGUCCAGCUGCCGCAGAGAGAUCCAGCGGCAAAGCAGACAUGGACCAUCAGGCAGAAGCCUCAUGCCCUGUACCCCCCUCUCUGCUCAGUGUCCUCAAGGAAGUAGGAGGAGACAUGAUGGUGGAGCCCAGCAUGGGAGAGGCACCCAGAGCUUUCUCUCCAACCACACCAGAGACCAUGACAGACUCCCUGGUAUGUGGAGAAGAAAUCAAGAGCGUCUCAGAGGAAAGAAGGUGUUGUGUUCCUGUUGCCAGCGGAAGUGCUGUGACCCUUUGA